AUGAAAUUCGAUGCUGAAAGAAUCGCAGCUCGUCUGAAAAUCGAUGAAAAAUGGGAUGAGAUCGAAGCGGAAAAUCUAGCGAAAUCUAGAAAAGGUCGACAAAUUCAACCGAAGGAAAUAAGUAUUCAAGUAAGUCAAAAUUCAAAAAAGGCGGUAUCUCAAGUUACCGGAAAUACCGAAAAAGAUGGCGGCCAUUUGGCAGGUAAUUGAUUAUUGUUGUCUUGAAUAAACAUACUCAUGUUGAGUGAAAUAAGUACAUCUGUGCAAAUAUGAAAAGGGGGAGGGGGUUUGAAUAUUUUGAACACUUGUAAAAUUGGAUGGCCUUGGGACCAAGUACAUGUAGUUUGAACAUUAAAGGAACACGCACUUAAAUUAAAGGGGUUUGAAUAUUUUUUUUUUGAAAACUUAUGUCACUUUUCGUGAACUAUACUUGUUUUCACUUCCAAAAACUCACAUUCUUAGAUUUUUUUGAAAUUUGAAACUUCAUAGGAUUCAGAAAUCUAGAAAAAAUUCUAACAAUUUUUGUGAAAAACAACUUUUUUUAAAGAAUAAAAUUAAGAAUUUGAAAAUUUGGAAUAAAAAGCCAUGUGGCAAAGUUUGAAUUUUCAAAAAAAAAUGUCUAUUUUGCAGGUCACCGCUCCUUUGUUCUCGAGUCGACUAUUCGAUUAUGGACCAUCUUCUGGUGAUUCAGAACUUCCACAAGCUUUGGAUGUUGGAAAAAAGCUUGAUCUUGCACAUCCAAUCUCGUUCUUCGGUUCCGAAUAUAAAACUAUUUAUGUGAGUUGUUUGAGAACUUGGGAAGAGUGGAAUUUGAAGGCGGAUAGAUUUUUUGAAGCUUUUGAUUACUGUAGUUCAAUUCUAGAAACUAAAACUCACAUACAAAUUUUAUUGCAAUUCAGACUCACUAUUUAUCGAAAAAAAUAACAAAUCUGAAUCAAAGUACCCAACAUUUCUGGGGAAGAAUUGGGUUUCAAACGAAGCUUCGUCUUGACAAAAAAUUCCCAACUCCAAAUCUAUACAGGUUCUCUCAAAUGGUGCAAUCGGAUUCGAAGCCGCUGCUCGAUCCUACAAAUCAGGAGUUCUACCAGGUUCAACUCGUCUAAUCGCACCAUUUUGGAAUCGAAAUGAUCUCAGAAAUGGUGGAAAAGUUUAUUAUCGUGAAGUCACUAGUUAGUUUUUUUUUCUUUUUGAACUUUUGAACUCAAAAAACUUGAUUUUGCAGAGGGUCGAGUUUUGGAGCGUGGUCAAUCUGAAAUCCGCUAUCAAUAUGAUAAAAAUGUAAAAGUAAUUUCGGCUUUAAUUAUAACUUGGGAUAAAAUGCAACCAUUAAACACGGCUGCUUUACCCGAAGAUAAUACGAAUACAUUCCAAGCUGCUAUUUUUAUAACACAGAAUGGAACUUUUUCGAAUUUUAUUUAUAGUAAUAUUGGAUGGACUCAAGGAGCUGAGGUUUGCUUUUUGAGAGAAGCGAGUGAAUCUAUUGUUUAAUUUUUAGGCUGGAUUCAACGCUGGCGACGCAACAAAUCAUUUCAAACUUCCAACAUCUGGAACUCCAAAUAUAAUGUAUCUUGAAGAAUACGGAAAUACUGGAAUUCCUGGUGAAUGGAUGUUUGAGUUGUCCGAACUUCGAGUUAUCAGUUGUAAAUCUGGAAUUAAGGGAGACACUUGUGAUCAAGGUAAUCUUUUGUAGAUGAUUAGGAACUUUUUAUACAAAACUUUUGAUCAUUGCAGAAUGCUCAAACGGAGAAUGGGGUCCAGAUUGUGCAUAUUGUUGUCAUUGCUCAGAAGGAACUUGUCAUCCAGUAACCGGAGAUUGUUCACGUGGAUGUGCACAAUGUUGGGAUGGAGUUGCGUGUCAAACUAGACAGGAAAAAUGUGCAACACGAACACAAUGCACUUCGAAUGCUUUGAGUUUUAAUGAUUAUGAUCGAUGUGGAGAACCAAUUCAGAGAUGUCAAUGCUUGAAUGGUUAUAAAGGAGAUGGAUAUAAACAUUGUGAAGGUAAGGCUUGAAAAUUUGAAAAUUAAAAAAUUCUAGAAAAAAACAUAUGGCUGCAAAUCUAGAAUUUUCAGACAUUGAUGAAUGUGCUGCAAAUUCGACACUCUGCCACAAAGAUGCAUUUUGCACAAAUACACCCGGUCGAUUUUAUUGUCAAUGCAAAGAUGGUUUCACUGGCGACGGACAAACUGAUUGUUCUCAAUCAUUCCUUUUCCAAUAUGACACACAUAAACAAUUACCAAAAAAAAGAUAUUCGAGAAUGGAGUGGAUUUUGAAGAGACCAAUGAAAAUAUUUGGAGAAAUUAUUGAUAAAUUAACAAUCACAUCAUCUGGUUUAAUUGCUUUGGAUGAUAUUCGAGAAGCUCAAGGGAAAUUAGAAGAUUAUGUUGGAAUUGCUCCAUUUUUUGCGCCAAUUGAUAUUUCAAAAAGUGGAACAGUUAGUGUAGAAGAAGUUGAUGAUCCAAAUGUGUUGCAAAAAGUGACACGAACUAUUGCCGAGAAUUAUAAUGAUCCAAGUUUCGAAGCAAAAUCCGCACUCAUUAUCACAUUUUCAAAUGUCACUUCUGAUACAAAACAAUCUGGAAAUACAUUCCAAACUUUGUUGAUUGAUGGAAAUGGAGCAAGAGAGGAGAAAAUGAGUUUUGCUGAAAUUAUGUAUCGAGAAAUUGGAUGGAGUGGAAAUGCUGAAGCUGGAAUUAUCUCGAGGGAUUCGUCAUCUUCGAUUCUUUUGCCAGCUUCAGGAACUGAUCAAAUAUCACAACUUGUCAAAAAUAGUAAUAUUAAACAGCCAGGAACCUGGUUAUACAGAAUUGGUGAGUUUUUCUUGAACAAACCCCGAAACCAAAGGUUAUCUGAACCCUUUCAGAUAAGCCACAACUUCUUCCAUGUGCUCAAUCAAUUCAAGUCGCACCAUUCUGUGAUCAUAUUCAACCACGUCUUCCAGUCACAAUUCCAGAUGAAAAGAAGGAGGAUUUGAGAUUACCUGAACCUGGAAUCUUCCAAAUUCCGGAGACAAUCAAACCAACUUUAGUUCGAGGAGGAACAAAUAGAAAUGUAAGGAAAAUAUUUUUUGGAAAACUUAAAAAUUUUAAUCUUGAGAAAAUAAUGUUCCAAAAAUUUGAUUUGCAGACACUUACUGUAACCAGUGCACCAAUCGCCAAUCUGAAUCCACCACGAACAACUCGUCCACGCCCCAAUUUUUCCGCCAAACCAACAUCACAUCGUCCGAUUGUUUCGUUGUCAGAUGAGGAUUUUGAAAUUGGGCCAGAUGCAUUUGAAGUCACAUUCCCGCCAUUUGUCACUGUGGUUCCCGAAUUAUUUAACAAGAAAACACAACAACAACAACAAAAAUCGAAACCAAAACCAUUGCCGGAUUUCACAAUUAAUACUGUGAGUUGGGGAAAAUAAAAACGGGGAAUUUAAAAUGAGCUAUGACGUGGCAAAACCUCAAAAACAUCAUCUCAGUUUUCCACGUCAUUGCUAGUGGUCAAAAAUUUUAAUUGGAAGAUUUUUAACUUAUUUAUGUAUAGAGAGUUAUGACGUGGCAAAUCUACAGUACGAACUCUCAGAAAAAUGUCAGUUUUGCCACGUCAUAACUCAACUUGAUCUAGCUAAAUUUCCUAAACUAGAAAUCAUUAUGACGUGGCAAAAAGUAAGUGCGAUUUUCUAGAAUAUUCCUGCGCUAGAGCUAUCUCAUCGAAGUUAAUUAUCAAAUCCUAAAAUUAAUGUUUUCAAAAAUAAGGGAUUUGUUCAACCCAACAUCAAAAUUUUUUAGCCAUUGCGAGAAAUCGAGUCAAGUACAUCGACCUCUAGAAAAACAACAAUUCCAUCAACAUCAACAACUACUGAACUUCCAACAACAUCUGAAGAAUUUGAACAUGAAACCACAAUCGAAUCAGAUGAAGAAGAAUCGCCAUUUGAGAAAACUGGAAGUUUUGAUGGUGAUGUUGAAGAAAUCACAACAACUUCAACUUUGAGACCAACCACAACAACAACUGAAAUAAUUGUGACACCAAGACGAAGAAUUCCAUCAACAACAACAACAUCUACAACAACUGAAAGAAUCACAACAUCUGAAGAGAUUUUGAAUAAUGAUGUGACAAGUUCAGAAGAAACUGAGAAGACAAUCUUUGUAUUUACAACAACACCAAAAGCCACAACAAAACGAGUUCCGAUAACUCGACCACUUCCACCAAAUAUAAAUCUAGAUCGAAAUAACAUUGAGCAAAAAAGCGAAGAACAAUCAGAAAGAAAAUUGGCAAUUAUUCUACCGGUUAUGAUUAUUUUGGCAUGGAUGGCUAUUCUGAUUUGUAUUGCUGCAAUUGUUUGUUGUAAACGAAGAUCAUCAAGAGAAACAUCGCAACUUCGAGCAAUGUAUGGAGCUGCUUAUGGAAUUCGACCAACUGGAUAUGAAUCAAAACGAAAAGAUACAUCAUAUGAAGAUCAUUUGGAACGAGCUGCAAGAUUAGGAGGACAACCAAGAGAACAGGUAACAAGAGAGCUCCUUAUUUUAUAUUUACUUUGGUGUGCUAUCUUGCUUGGUGUGUUAACCAAUCCCUUUUUAACAUUUAACAGAUUGGCGCCGCAAAAAUGUCAUUAUAUGGAAGUUAUUGGAACUUGCCACCUGGUCCAUCAUCAACUUCUUGUUCAAGUCAAUCAAGUCAAUCACCGCAUGCCAGACAACAACAAUCACCGCCAACAUUUUUGAAUCGAACACAUUCAAAUCAAAACAAUAAUCAUUCUCAUCACGGGUCAUCAUAUCUUCAUCAUAACAAUAAUUCAACUAAUACUUCAACGGUUUGUUUUUAUUGUUAGAUGCGGAAAUUAUUUUUGGUGGUGGAGAUUUGUUUGUUGAGUGAGAUUGGGAAUUUUCUAGAUCUGUACCGGAAAUUCAAAAUGUUAGGGAACAUUUCUCUAACAAAUUCUGUUAAUUUUGAAAACUUGAAAUUCUGACUAUUUUUGUCAAGUUGUUUUUCCGGUAUGCGACUUCACACAACAAUUACAUUUUCAUGUUUUUUUCAAAAAAAUCUAACCAAAAUAAUUAAUAUUUCAGAGGUACGCAUAUGCAGGGCACUACUAA